GCAUAUCUUUACUGUGAUAACACUGCGGCUUUGCAUAUAGCAAACAAUUCUGUUUUCCAUGAGAGAACAAAGCAUGUGGACUUAGAUUGCUACAAAAUUCGUGAAUACAUUGAUUGUGGCUUUCUGAAGACAAUGUAUGUCAAGUCUGAACAUCAACUUGCUGAUGCUUUGACUAAACCUUUGCAUCCUGCACUUUUCCAUAGUCUCAUUGUCAAGAUGGGAAUCUGCAACAUCUUUGCACCUUCAUCUUGAGGAGGGCUAUUGACAUGUAUAUAGUUACUAUACUUGUAUAUAAUAGCAUUGGUUAAGGACUCUGGAAUUGUUCUGUUUUAUUAUCUAAUUAAGGGUUUAACCAUGUGGUUAUUUCUGGUUUAGUGAGCUUGUGUUGUAUAUGAACGUUGUAACAACCUCUUGAAUCAUUAAUGAGAAAUAUGAGUUUUUCCCAAAUUCUCUCUCGAUCAUGUUUCACUAAUAAACUCUUACUCUUCUUCUUCUCCAUCUCCCUCCUUCUCAUUGCGGUCGUCAACGCGGCAGAAGGCCAUUCACAUGGUGGACCGAAAUGUGAAUGCUCACACAAAGAUGACCAUGAAAACAAAGCGGGAGCUCGGAAAUACAAGAUCGCCGCCAUUCCUACCGUUCUAGUCGCCGGUAUAAUCGGAGUUCUUUUCCCUUUGUUAGGCAAAGUCUUCCCUUCUUUGCGUCCAGAAACAUCUUUCUUCUUUGUCACGAAAGCUUUCGCGGCCGGAGUUAUCCUUGCUACCGGAUUUAUGCAUGUCUUGCCUGAGGCUUACGAGAUGCUUAACUCGCCGUGUCUGACAUCUGAAGCAUGGGAAUUUCCGUUCACCGGAUUUAUUGCAAUGAUUGCUGCGAUCCUGACGCUAUCCGUUGAUACAUUUGCCACUUCGAGUUUCUAUAAAUCACAUUGCAACGCGUCGAAGAGGGUCAGUGAUGGAGAAUCCGGCGAGACCUCCGUGGACUCCGAGAAGGUCCAAGUUCUCCGGACUAGAAUUAUUGCACAGGUAUUGGAGUUGGGCAUAAUAGUACACUCAGUGGUAAUAGGAAUAUCACUUGGAGCUUCACAGAGCCCAGAUGCUGCAAAAGCUCUCUUUACUGCCUUAAUGUUUCAUCAAUGCUUUGAAGGGCUUGGCCUUGGUGGUUGUAUUGCUCAGGGAAAAUUCAAGUGUUUGUCGGUAACAAUAAUGUCGACGUUCUUCGCAAUAACGACACCAAUAGGAAUCGUUGUGGGAAUGGGAAUAGCAAAUUCUUACGAUGAGUCUUCACCAACGGCUCUGAUCGUGCAAGGAGUCUUGAACGCUGCAUCCGCAGGCAUUCUCAUCUACAUGUCUCUGGUGGACCUUCUCGCAGCAGAUUUCAUGCACCCUAAAAUGCAAUCCAAUACUGGGCUUCAAAUCAUGGCCCAUAUUGCUCUCCUUCUUGGUGCUGCCCUCAUGUCUCUGUUGGCUAAAUGGGCUUGAUAAUUCCUAAUUCAACUCUUUUAGUUUUGUUCAUGGCCUUUUAUGGCUAUCUUGAGAUCGAAUUAUUUGUUCCUUUUCCCCCUUUUUCAAUGAUAUUUUUGAGAUCUCUAUUUUCUGGAACAUUUCGUGUAUAACAGUAUUUCAAUUGUGUAUAUUGAUCUGUUUCCAAGGAAA